GUUGAAGUAAAAGGACGAAGAAAAAAGCAGUACUCUUAGGUAGUAAAGGAGAGUCUCAUACCUGAAAAAGAUAUCGCUUUCAUACCCCGUUCUUGUCUUGCAUGCUCGUCGCACCCCAGACGUCGUGAAGGUGCAGGAGCGCGACGGAGAAGUACUAGAACAAAAAGGUAAGCAGGCAACCUUCACGAUGCAGGAGCAAGCAGUCGGGGAAAGCGAGAUGCGGGAGCGCUCGCAGGAUAUGGAGGAAGCGGCUGACCACGGUUUUGCCGGAACUAUGGGUGAAGAUGGGAUGGUGAAGAAGGAUCCUGAGACACCCGAUGCUGAUGUGUCUCAGGAUGUAGGUCUAGUGUCUCAGGGUGUAGGUCUAGUGUCUCAGGAUGUAGAUCUAGUGGACGUCUCCUGUGAUGCUGGGGAUGAAGAGAAUAUAGAAGUAAAUGCCUGGGAGCAACUGCUGCGGGAACAAGACAAGAUUAGUGGUGAAGGUCAAUAUGGUGGUUGCCUCGACGAGCCCGCUCCUGAAGGUAAUCAUGGUAAAGCUACUACACUUUCUAGUACAUUCUCAUCUUCUAGUUCUACAUUUGUUGAGAAUGCGUCGGAAGAAAACGAGAAAGACCAAGUGCUACUCUUAUGGCUACCGCUGAAGCAUAUCCUUAAUGUCAUCGUUGGCCUCCUUUUCAAGGGGCUCAAGGAUGGGCUCAGGGAUGCGACGCGGUAGCUCUAAAAGUAGAAGAAAAAAAAGCAGAUGAAGUAGACAAGCAGGAGCCUUCUUCAUCUCGUUCUUUCACGCGCUGCUGGCUCCAAAGCGUGGCCGACGCUUUGACGAUGACAAACAGCAACGCCAUGACAAACAGCAGCGUCAGAGUAGAGGACUCUAGCGGGAACGGGACGCUACUAGACGAGGAUGCUGGAGGAUUAUCUUCUCCGAUCGAGGCGAUGGAUUCCACAUCAUCACAAGAUGAGGAAGUAACUGGGAACAUGAGCUGCAGAGCGACGACUGGCACAGUGACGGACGGCGCGGCGAAGCACGACGACAUCACUGGCACAAUUGGCACAAUUGGCGCAGAAGGAUCAGGAGUCGGUGGGGCUGGGAAAUCUCCGGUGAGUAGUCCUACCAGGGCCGAUGCCGUUUUGCGCAAGAAACUAUUCCGCUUUAGUGUAGGUAACUUCGCGUUCUACAACCACUAUAGUUUUUAGAAAUAUGGAGAUUCCGCUUUAGUGUAGGUAACUUCGCGUUCUACAACCACUAUAGUUUUUAGAAAUAUGGAGAUUCCGCUUUAGUGUAGGUAACUUCGCGUUCUACAACCACUAUAGUUUUUAGAAAUAUGGAGAUUCCGCUUUAGUGUAGGUAACUUCGCGUUCUACAACUACUAUAGUUUUUAAAAAUAUGGAGAUUUCUACUUGUUUACUCGUACUAGUUUUGCCCAGGUUUUGGUCCUACCGGUCCUACCGGUUUCCAUAUAAAUGUGUUAGAAAUAGAAUAGUGUUUCUCCUUUCCAAGUGUAACGGUCGUUUCUGGACGUGUCUCUCCUUUUCGUACCAAUCGCUUCUGCUUACCCGCCCCGACGCAGUGCUCCUGCCGGUGCCGUAUCUCUGUUUGUACCAUCUCUGCGCGCGGAAUAGGAUAGCCAGGGGGAAAGAUGGGGCUGCUGGAUUUGGCACCUUGAGGGCGUCUCUCGGUUUGAAGGGAUCUCUUUUGCAGCCACUUUCGUGAUAGACACCCGUGUCGUCGCUGGAGGGGGUUAUCAUUGUAGUUGUUAGGAAAAAAUCUAUGUAUAUUCCUCCGUUACUUUAUUUCGUUUUCUAAGAUGCUGUAGACCUAGACGGCACAUUCCUCUGUCUACAGGAAACGACGAGGCACAGGACAGAGGAACCGUGCAGUUAGGGACGCCAGAGAAAGAAGGCGCUACGUCGACCAGGAGCAUGCCACCAACUACAUCUUGGGACCCGAGCUUUGCAAUGGACAAACUCAGAAGUAAGUUGUCUAAAUUUUGUUUGCCCUAAUCGCUUUUCUGUAUGAUCCAAAUGUUUUUUGCCCUGUAUGUCAAGACAAAAGAUGUCAAAAAAAUCAUAAUGAUCUCUUACUACAGCUUCUAUGCUGCAAUGUCAAAAAUCAUAAUGAUCUCAAAAAAAGAAAGAUCAAGAACGACUGAUUUGUACUAAAAAAAGAAGAUGCACCUAGACCUACUACUCUGCUCAGGACGCGUCGUAUACAAUGUCUGUAUGUAGCACGUUGCAGUUCACCAAAAUUCCCGUACAAUAGAGCCCACAACAUUUGCAGGCUCUCCUUACAUCAGUAGUGCUCAUCGCGUGGGCAGGACGCGUCGGCUACGAUGAAGAAGUUCGCAAAAAGAGAAAGGUCAAGAUCCACCUCCCUUUACUAAAAGUAAAUACAACGCCUUAUUCGUGUUCCUCAGGCGGCUAUGAUGGACAACGACGCGUUCGGGGAGGUCGAGGCCGCAAUCGCAAUCGGGCGAGUAUUCGAUCUGCUUGGGACUAUGAAGUGGGGGUGGACUUGCAGCAGCGUUGGGGAAAGCCUCCGAUAGUUGAGAAGCUUGUCUGGAGACCAAAGCAGACCAUCGAUACAGCGUCUACAUUAAGUAGGCUAAAAUAGAUCCAUCUUCAGCUUGUUCCAGAAAAUCUUGAGUCCCUCCCUGAAAACGGGGAUCAGGAUGCUGCUGGCGAUGGAUUUUUGUUAUAGUUCUAUUUCUAACAAGUCUGACUAGAGCAAGAACCAUGGAGGAGGAGCAAGGCUCUGCGGCAUCUGCGUCUACAGGAGCAUUUAUGAGUGCAUCUACCAAAGUUUUAGUUUUUUCACGUGCUCUUUCGACGCCUCAAUACAAAUUGAAAUUAUAUUAAUCUCGAGUAGUAAGAGUAACUGCAAUCAUUUUUGCAUAGUGAUACUUACAGUUAGAACUUCCGAAGAUUCACUUGUUCUUUGUAAAGACUAGGCGCUAGGGUGGAUCCGGAAGAGGUAUGGCACGAAGGCUUCUCGGUCUAGCGCGGGUAGCUCUGGUUGUACGUCUCCUCCAGCACCUGUUGUAUUAGGAUACUCUCCUCCAGGUCCAGCACGACCUGCGCGUCCUCUAUUAUUACCACCUGCAGGAGCUGCUUUCAUCUUGGUAGUAAUAGUACUAUUGUUGUUGUUUUUGCCUAGCGGGGGGGGGCCGGGCGCCCUGGUCCCUUUUUGCAGGCGUGUGCCGGGGGGGAAGGCCUCAAUAGGGGGCCCAGUGGGGUCCCCCCCGCUCCCUUCCAGCUGCCUGGCUGUUCCCUAGGGGCCUCCGAUGGUGGUGGGAGGCUUCAAAAGGGGCCCAAGGGACCGCCUGCGCCCCCGCCCAGGUGCCUGCCUGUGCCCUAAGUGCAUCCGUUAGGCUUCGCCGCCGCAGCAGUGUGCCGGCAGCGGAAGGCCUCCGAAGGCGGCAAAAGGCGAGGGGCUGGACCCCCUGAGCCGUGCCGCCUGUACCCUGCGGGCCCUUGGUCAUCGGCUUGCUUGCUCUUGCGACCGUGGCCGCCUCCGGCGGCCUUUGACCCGGGAGGCCUCCCGCCUGCGAGGGGCAGCAGAGGCCAGGCGGUCCCUUAGGAACACGCUGAGAGGCCCAAGGGUCAUAUAUAAGAAUGAGGCUCAGGCCCAGUGACGCUCAAAGCACAAAAGUAAGGCAACCGGUCAGCUUUCCCUCUGCCCUUAGACUUAUCCCUUCAUGCAAUACUAUGCAUGAUUAGCAACAGCAAGUGGAUCAUUGAAGUUCUUCAUCUAAGAUGAGCGGGACUUCGCCGACAACUGGUGCCAUAUUCACGCCAGGAUACAGGACCAGGAGGAGCCGGAGCAUGACGGAUGGAGAAAAACAGUAUGUCGGAAAGAAGGGGAAGGACGAGGACUCUGAUGGCCAGGAAGUAGGAGAAGCUUCGAAAAUCAAAAACUCUACAAAGUGGUCCACGCCACAGCAUAAGGAAAAGGCGCUACGUGGUCUUGCGUUGAAAGAAGAAGAGCGUCGUCAAGGAAACAGCUGCCGCACUUCGGAUACCAAGAAGUACGAUCCUAUUGAUUGACUUUGAUAGAUGAUGCUGCCGCACUUCCGAUAUGAAGAAGUACGAUCCUAUUGAUUGACUUUGAUAGUUGAUAGAUUAGAAACAAAUGGACUAGAGCGGUCAGAACGUGCAAGCAAGCAAUUUUCUCCUUGCGUGAGUUUCAACUUCAAGUUUCAACCUUGUUGAAUAUGAACCUGGAAGAAUCUAGAAGUUGAGUAAGACCUUGUAGAAUCUAGAAGUUGAGUAAGAGAAAGCAUCCUGAUCUGCUUCAUCUUCUUUCUACAUAUCCACUGUUUUACAGGUCUUCCUCCCCUCGUCAUGAUGAGGAAACGCCACUAG